AGCGGCGCCGCUAGCGGAGAGCCCGGGAGCGGGCCGGGAGCGUCCCGCCCUCCCGCCCGCCCCUCCCCCGCGGCGCUAGCCCCUCCCCCCUCCUCCCCUCGCGUUGGAAAGUUUCUAGAAUCUCUUCCCAGCAGCCUUUGCGGUUCCAACAUGGCGGAGCUGACGGUGGAGGUUCGCGGCUCCAACGGGGCUUUCUACAAGGGAUUUAUCAAAGAUGUCCACGAAGACUCCCUCACAGUUGUUUUUGAAAAUAAUUGGCAACCAGAACGCCAGGUUCCGUUUAAUGAAGUUCGAUUACCACCACCACCUGAUAUAAAAAAAGAAAUUAGUGAAGGAGAUGAAGUAGAGGUAUAUUCAAGAGCAAAUGACCAAGAGCCAUGUGGAUGGUGGCUGGCUAAAGUUCGGAUGAUGAAAGGAGAAUUUUAUGUCAUUGAAUAUGCUGCUUGUGAUGCCACUUACAAUGAAAUAGUCACAUUUGAACGACUUCGGCCUGUCAAUCAAAAUAAAACUGUCAAAAAAAAUACCUUCUUUAAGUGCACAGUGGAUGUUCCUGAGGAUUUAAGAGAAGCGUGUGCUAAUGAAAAUGCCCAUAAAGAUUUUAAGAAAGCAGUAGGAGCGUGCAGAAUUUUUUAUCAUCCUGAAACUACCCAGCUAAUGAUACUGUCGGCCAGUGAAGCAACUGUGAAGAGAGUAAAUAUUUUAAGUGAUAUGCAUUUGAGAAGUAUUCGGACGAAGUUGAUGCUUAUGUCCAGAAAUGAAGAGGCCACUAAGCAUUUAGAAUGCACAAAACAACUUGCAGCAGCUUUUCAUGAAGAAUUUGUUGUGAGAGAAGAUUUAAUGGGCCUGGCAAUAGGAACGCAUGGUAGUAACAUACAACAAGCUAGGAAGGUUCCUGGAGUUACUGCCAUUGAGUUAGAUGAAGAUACCGGAACAUUUAGAAUCUAUGGAGAGAGUGCUGAGGCUGUAAAAAAAGCUAGAGGUUUCUUGGAAUUUGUGGAAGAUUUUAUUCAAGUUCCCAGGAAUCUUGUUGGAAAGGUAAUUGGAAAAAACGGCAAAGUUAUUCAAGAAAUAGUGGAUAAAUCUGGUGUGGUUCGAGUAAGAAUUGAAGGUGACAAUGAAAAUAAACUACCUAGAGAAGAUGGAAUGGUUCCAUUUGUAUUUGUUGGCACUAAGGAAAGUAUUGGAAAUGUGCAAGUUCUUCUAGAGUAUCACAUUGCUUACUUAAAGGAAGUGGAACAACUUAGAAUGGAACGCCUGCAGAUUGAUGAACAGCUGCGACAGAUUGGUAUGGGUUUCAGACCUUCUUCCACCAGAGGGCCUGAAAAAGAGAAAGGAUAUGCCACUGAUGAAAGUACCGUCUCUUCUGUACAAGGUUCUAGGUCUUAUAGUGGAAGAGGCAGAGGUCGUCGGGGCCCUAAUUACACCUCCGGUUAUGGUACAAAUUCUGAGCUGUCUAACCCCUCCGAAACAGAAUCUGAGCGUAAAGAUGAGCUGAGUGAUUGGUCAUUGGCAGGAGAAGAUGACCGAGAGACUCGACAUCAGCGAGACAGCAGGAGACGCCCAGGAGGAAGAGGCAGAAGUGUUUCUGGGGGACGAGGUCGUGGUGGACCACGUGGUGGCAAAUCCUCCAUCAGUUCUGUGCUCAAAGAUCCAGACAGCAAUCCAUACAGCUUACUUGAUAAUACAGAAUCAGAUCAGACUGCAGACACUGACGCCAGCGAAUCUCACCACAGUACAAACCGUCGUAGGCGGUCUCGUAGACGAAGGACUGAUGAAGAUGCUGUUCUGAUGGAUGGGAUGACUGAAUCUGAUACAGCUUCAGUUAAUGAAAAUGGGCUAGUCACAGUUGCAGAUUAUAUUUCUAGAGCUGAGUCUCAGAGCAGACAAAGAAACCUCCCAAGGGAAACUUUGGCUAAAAACAAGAAAGAAAUGGCAAAAGAUGUGAUUGAAGAGCAUGGUCCUUCAGAAAAGGCAAUAAAUGGUCCAACUAGCGCUUCUGGCGAUGAAAUUCCUAAGCUACCGCGUACUCCAGGAGAAGAAAAGACUAAGACCUUAAAAGAAGAGAGCACUCAAGAAGCAGCAGUCCUGAAUGGUGUUUCAUAACUGAAGGAAGUUCCUAGUUUACAGUUCUUUUACAUUACAGUUACAAUAGUGCUUGUACAAGCUUGCCAAAGAUAGAAUACGGAUCGCCAGUCUUACAUCGCACUUUCAGUUCCUCCAUUUGGAAUUCAGAAAGGGGAGGGAUCCUGAAGAAAUCAUAUGUUAAACAUACUUUGACACCUACUGUGUUAAAAAUAUAUCAUCAGAUGUGCCUUGAGAAUAGUAUAUGUAACAUUAAAAAAAGUUGCUGGCUAUAGGAAAUGUUAUUUUGUUUUCAAAAUAUGGCAGAGAUGGGGGGAGGUGGGUGGGGUGGGGUCCCUAACAUAAUAUUCUUUAUGAAAGCAUUAGCUGCUUUUGUUACAUUUUUAAUAAUAUGCAACCACUUCUUCACCUGAGGAAAACUAGAAUGAAGCAGUCUAAAAUAUUUUGCACUGAAUUGUAAUUUCUUCAUUAGUUUAGUCUGGAAACUGGUCUGUUUAAUGUGUUUUUUAAAUGCUGUUUGUAGAGGCAAUUCUGCAGACCACUGGAAAUACAUGUUAACUCAUCUGCAGGGAUACUGGGUGAUAUUGGCAGUGACUGUUCUACAUUGAGGCUUUGUUUGGUUUAUUUAUUAAAGUGUACAGUAUUUAAAAAUCAAACAUAGCUUUAGUUGAAACACUAAGCUGAUUAGUCAUGUCCAUUCAGACAUAGCCUGAACUACUGAAAAGAUCAAUUUCCAGAAGGUUUAUUCUGUAUAAACUACAUGUUUAGUCUUCAGUAGAGUAUCUUUCACAUUUUCUUUCUACCCUUUUUUUUUCUCCCCCCUCCCCUUUUUGAUUUUGGUUGUUUGAUGUGCAAUAUGUUUUUGUAUGCAGGUAGUAAAAUAAACUUUGAUCUUCCAUUUGC